AGAUGCCCAGCACGUUAUCGUGCAGCAGCAGGACCGUGCACUUGGAAGGCUGAAGGACCAGCUGGCGUCGGAGACUCUCAUAUUGAGGGAGCAGCUGCUGAGGACAAAGACCGACAGCCGUGGAGCCGACAAUGCAUUGGCGAACGCUCAGGAGGACCUGGCAGCGGCUCUCAGCAGAGCUCAGGCCUGCGAGGAGGCCUAUGAGCCCCUCUAUGCCGAGCUGGAGUCGCUGAAGGGCCAACUCAAAGCAGCGGAUGGCAGUUUGGAAUCCGGUGCUGGGCAAGGGGUACCACAGAACCUUGGGGGUGUCCAGGCAGCAGAGAUGAUUUUAUUUGAAAAAGUUGCAAACCGAUAAUCUUUCCCAGAAUACUCUAGUUCUUUCAUCAAAGAGCACCUGCCAGGAACAUUGACUGUUUAAGGUAAUUUGCAAUGCACUCUACAGUGCUCGCUGGAUGUAGCAAAGUCUUAGCUACAUAUAUCCGCUGUCAAAGUAUGACGUGAUUGCACAAUUCUGAAGCUGCCUUCAUAACCAUUCGAAUGCCUGAAUUCAGGGUCUGAUGCUUCAGUAACAAGCAUAUUGCAGCACAUCAGUGGGAGCUGAGCUAGGUUUACAUGGAUUAAACGUGCAUAUUUC